UUAACAAAGAAAACCAAGGCAAAGCAUUUUAAUAAGGACAAUAAAACCCAAUGGCAAAUAACACUGUUAGGUAAAUUUAUUUAUUAGGGCUUAAACGAGUUUGUGAUGUUCAGCUAAAUAAGUUUUCGAGAAUACCAAAAAGCCAAAUAAACAAAUUGGAUUACCGCACACACAAUAAAGUUGAGUUCUGAUGCCACUUUAUUUGUCUAUGUUGGUGCCACUGCAGCGCCAAUAAAAGUUUACCACUCAACAAAGGCGAAAACACUUAAAUAAAUAUAUAAAUCAACCAACACAAAAAUAGUGCAAAACGAGGGGACCGACCGAGUAAGCAAACAAUGGGACUGCAAGAAAAUCGCUUGAGAAAACGCAUCGAAAAACUUCUGGCCAACCCAUAAAGAAGAGUUGCAGCUUUUUGUGGAAAAUAGAAAUAAAAUCGAAUAAAAUAAUAUAAAAUAAAAUAAAACGAAACAGGAGAGUGGUUAGAUGGAGCCCAAAUGGAGGCAAGCCAGGACCCAGCCCCCAGCGUAUUAAUUCAAUAAACCUAUUUAUCUGAGACUUCGGCUGGGAUUUGGAGAAUCGAGCAGGGCAGAGAAUGCGACAAAGUUUGCCAGUCAAGACGGCGCAGUGCAAUCAGCAGAUUCUGGCUCUGGGUCUCAGGAGCAAGAGCAGCCAGAUUCGAUGCCGCAAACGAGUCCCAAUUGGAGGCAGGCGGACAAUGAGCGCACAAAAGGCGCUGUAAGUGUCAUUGCAGCCAGGAACUGGGCCACUGGGACUGCCACGCAGGAGUAGAGCCAGAAGAGCAGUAGCACUAGGAGUAGCAGCAGCAUCAGCAGCAGCACAGCCAGAAUCAGCAGUACCAGGACCCGGACAGCAACGUUGACAACUGAGAUGACAGUGGCCGGAGCAGCAGGACGAACCGGACGAAGGACGGGAGGAGCAGGUUCGACUUGGUGUCGCCGAUUUUUCCUUACAUCCAGACCAGCAUCUUGGCUGCGCAUCGGCUCCGUCCUUCUGGUCCUGGCUCUUGGCUUUGGGAUGCAACAUGUUACCUGCAGUCCUCCGAUGCCUGGAGCGAAUCCAGUGGAACUGACACGGGCACAGAGACCUGCUGAGGGACAGCUUACGACGGCCACAAGAUCCACUUUGCCAGAUAGGCCAAUGACAACACAAAACGAUCUAAUUACGACAGCCAGCAACUUGACGACAGCAAAAAAGGCAGCCGCAGCAACAGAGGCAACGGCCUUAGCCCGGGGCACGUCAUCAGCAGAUACAGCGGCAGCAGCAACAACAGCAGCAACAGCAGCAACAGCAGCAACAGCAACGAUACCAACCAGCCAGUCAGCACAAAUUGGGCUAACUACUCGGGCCACAGAAGGGCAAACAGAGGCGCAGACAGCAGCAGCAGCAGCAACACAAGCCGCAGCAGCAACAUCAGCAGCACCAGCACCAACUGAGGCCGCAGCAGAGAUGCUCAUAUCAACAAUUUAUCCAGCAUCAACGGAAACGGAUGGGCCCAACUUCAUUGAGCGGCUGCCGGGGCGAAGUGGAAAGACGGCGAUGGCUCAUCCGGGUGUCGCUGAUGCAUUGACCAAGGGCUUCUCCAUUCCGACCUUCCUGCCGCCAUUUCCCGUGUUUGCGGCAGCGGACUUGCCCGCUUACCGUGCCGCUGCCGAUGCGGCGGAGGCGGCCAAGCUGGCGGCGGAGGCGGAGGCGGAGGCCGCCAAAAGAGCAGCAUCCUCCGAAGCGGUGACAAUGUCGCCGGAGGAGCAGCGCCGGCAAAUGUAUAACGAGCAGCACUCCUACCUGACCGCCCACCGGGAGGCUGGCGAGGGGGCGGGGCCGCGACGCAACCUCACAAUGCCCGUGCUUAACAUCACUGUUCAGAUGGGAAACCACGCCUACAUGCCCUGCCAGAUACAUCGACUGUCGGAUAAGCCCGUUUCGUGGGUGCGCAUGCGCGAUAACCACAUUAUCAGCGUGGACGAGACUACUUUCAUAGCGGACGAGCGCUUUCAGUCAAUUUUCCAGGAGGAUCACGACUACACCUGGUCGCUGCAGAUCAAAUACGCACAGCCGAGUGAUGCCGGGUGGUACGAGUGUCAGAUGGCAACGGAGCCCAAGUUGAGUGCCAAGGUGCAUCUGCAGAUAGUCAGACCCAAGACUGAGCUGAUUGGGGAUCAGAGCCGCUUUGUGAAGGCGGGCAGCAAGGUGGCCCUGCACUGCAUCGUCCGGGGAACCCUGGAUCCGCCCAAGUACAUCAUUUGGUUCCGGGGCCAGAAGAAGAUUAGCGAGAGUGACGAGCGGACCGGUUGGUACACGCAACUGGAUCGGAACAUAUUCGGGACAGUGGGCGACAAUCAGAACACGAUCGGCUCGUUAAUUAUACCGCUCGUGCGGAAAGAGGAUUCCGGCAAUUAUACGUGCCAGCCGUCGAACAGCGUCUCCGUAUCCGUGGACCUGCACGUGCUAAGCGGUGAAUAUUCCGCAUCGGCCAUCAUGUCAACGGCGGCAAGGACGACGCCGCCUGGCGGAAGGAGCACGUACCGGUCGCCACUAGGACUCCUGGGACUCCUGGGAAUCCUGGGACUCCUUUGGGCGCUGCAGGGAGCGAUGCACACAACGCCCCGGACGUGACUCGCCUAUUGAACGCCUGGUCGCGGCGGCUGACUUCCAAUUAUUUGUAAGCUCUUGCGCCAUCUGCAGUUACGUAAUUUAGGAUAGAGAUUAAUUAAACGCGGCCUUGUAAAUAGCGGUGGGAACGGCUGGAGGAGCCCGGGCCAGGGCGAAGCUCGAUUGACGGUUCUGUAAUUAGGUUAAAUGUUGCCAUAACUCUCAUGUCUGCGUGUCUCACAUACUCGUAUGCCCCAUACCGAAACCCAGUCUAAUGUACAAUUCAAUUUAAGCAUACCCCAUUUCAAGUUGUGAAAUCGAAUCAAUAAUUAGAUUAUUGACAGAGAAAUAUUAUUAAAUGAAAAAUAUUAAAACCGAAUCAUAAAAAUCCAUCAUAAAUAACAGGCAUUCAAUAAAUCAUGUGAAACUUUA